GUCGAAGUAGUCGCUCUCUCCAGCUAUGAAGAGAAGGAAGAGCAAUGCAAAGAGCAGGUUGCUAGUCUGAGGCAACGGUUCUUCCACUCUGUCGCACCUGGGGGACUUGCGGGUGAUAGACGAGGAGUAGUCCCUGAACAAAUGUGGCAAAAAUCCUCUAUGUAUUGGCUUGUUUUUUGUUGUCUACCUGAUUGCCAAAGCCAUGUGGGUGCAAAACUAGACAUCUCAGCAGAAUUUCGUAAUGGCGCGCUUCCUGGGCUGAUCUCCUUAUCAACCAAGCUUCUUCCCACCGUCAUGAAUCUGAUGAGAAAACUGGCGGAACAAGGACAAGCUCCGUCUGCAAAUAGUAACCCUCAACAAGAUCAAUCCAAGGUUACAACCAACAGAGUAAGCAGCAGUGUUGGUUCAUCUUCGUCAAGCUUAUCUUCAACAGAAACCGUUUCCAACAGCACGAAAGAUGACUAA